AUGGUAAUACGAAAUAAUUCCGACGUUCCUUCUGAUAUCAAAAAUCAAGAAGAAAAAUCACCACAUGAACGGUUUCGUGAUUCUAAAAGUUUAUCUGUUACCGAUUUUUCUUCACUUGCUUGGUGUGAACUUCAACAGCACUAUUUUUUUAUCGCAGGUGGAAGAAAAGAAACACUAGCUAUGAAAAUUGGUUCUGAAAUACAUAAUAAAUUAGAAUUACAAGAACAUGACAUAAUUUCAAUACCAACUCAUACUAAAGAGGAUAUAUGGGGUAUAAAGUUAUAUAAUUUAAUAUUUGGAAUUGACUCACUUUUCAUUAAUUUAAAAACGAGAGAAUUACCAAUUUUUGGAUUUGUAUCAGGUUUAUUCGUUUUUGGAAUCAUUGACCAAAUUGAAAUGAAACCGGUUUUUGAUGAUAUAUCUAGAGAUGAAUUGAUCAUAUCCGACACAAAAACUCGGACAAAACAAUAUAUACCAAAAUAUGUUCCGCCAUCAGUGAAAUUUCAAUUAAUGCUUUAUAAAAAACUAUUUGAUGAACUUGUACAAGGAACAUUUGAUGAAAUGAAGAUUUUUCAAACAUUAGAUUUGAAUCCUGAUUUAGAAUUUUCUAAAGAAUUAGCUAAUAUUGUUAAUAUAAGUUAUAAAGAGAAAGAGAUGAAGGAAUUUAAACCAAAUUUACGGAACCUUAUGAAGGUUGUAAUCAAUAGUUUUGGAAAAGUUUGGAAAUCAUGUAAUAUUUUGGAAGUUAAUUAUAAAUUUCAAAAGGAUGGAAGUGAUUUAGGUUCUAAAUAUUUUGAUUAUGAUGAAAAUCAAUUAGAUAACUAUUUAGAGAAAACAGUAAAAUAUUGGAAAGGUGAUAGAAAACCCGAAGGUGUUCCUAUUGAAGAUGCAUGGAAAUGCCAAAAUUGCGAAUUUGCUGAUAAUUGUGAAUGGAGGUUAAAUAAAAUUAAAGAACGUGAACAAAACAAACGUGCACUUUUGGAAAUUACAAAUGGGCAGCCAAAGUUGAGACUUAAUUAG